AUGGCCUGUCCUUGCUGCUGCGUUCAUCGUGGCGGCGGCGUCUCUGUCGUCGCCGGGCCAUGCAAGCCUCAACCGGCGGCGGCCGAGGGGGGGGGGGAUCCUACCGCUGGGUUCGUGAAGGUGGGCCUCGCCGACGGCGACUUCCAGGUGCAGAGGCCGUACGACGUGGCGGAGAGCCGGUGGUUCCGGUACCGGGACGGCGUACGGACGUUCUGGGUGUACGACUCCGACAAGCUCUUCAACACUGCCACCCACACUAACCCUCGCACCGAAGUCAGGCUCGGACGGUCUUCAGCGGCAAAUCUAGGUGGGGAGCGGGGCACGGGAGAGCUCGGCGCCGACCGCGAGGGUCGGCGGCGGCCACAUCCGGGCGUCCAGAGUUCAGCAGAUCCGGCCGGAGUUGGGCAGAUCUGGCCCCUCUCUCCUCCCUCUGCUAUUUUUUCGCUUCUCUCUCCUUCCUCUCUGUUGCUUUUUGCUACUUUUUGGGCUAGGGAACCGAUGCCCUUUGCAAGAUCCUUGGAGCUUAGUGGAGACACGGUCCACAGCUGCAUGGCAAGCAUGCUCCGACGUGGUAGGCUAGAGCCACGUUCCACAUUGGAGCAUUAUGUAUGCCCUAAGAACACAUGUUCAUCAUCGCAGGGCCACGACUACUCGUCAGGAGUGUGGCAAUUCGAGGGGUACGGGUACGUGCCAUCCGGAACAUCGGGGGUGUCAGUGAUGCAGAUCCACAACGAGAAGGGCGCCGAGCAUGCUACGAUCCUGAUGUUACACGUCUACGGCGGUGUGCUCCGAUUCUACGAUGGCCCAGCCAUCACCGGCGACAUCUACGACCGGUGGUUCCGGCUGAACGUGGUGCACGACGCGGAGGUGUCGAUGGUGGCCAUGUUCGUCAACGUCGAGCGCAAGUUCUCCGCCGACGUGAUCGUGAGCAGGUCGUACUACUUCGAGUUUGGGGUGUACAUGCAGCACUGCGACUGAUCGGACUGCAUGGAGUCCCGAUUGUCACGGUUUACACCAAGAACUAUUAGUAAACUAGGUGUCACUGUUAUGUUAUGGUUUAUGUCGAUGCUAGUACGUGUGUAAAUCAAGAUAGAUAAAUGAAGUUUUAUUAUUAUUGA